AUGGGGAAGGAAACAGACGCGACCAACGAAAUUACAGAGCCUUCCGGACACGGCAGGUUUGAGCUGACCGAGGAAGAAGAGCUCAAAUACGGCCGUUUUUCAAAGAACGAAAAACGGCUCUUUAUAUUUAUCUUGGCAUUGGCAUCCUCGCUCGGGCCAUACUCAUCUUCUGCAUACAUGCCUGCCGUGGCCAACAUCGCCAAGGACUUCAACACAACAGGUUCUGUGAUCAAUCUGUCCGGUACGGUCUUCAAUGUGAUGACUGCUAUUGCGCCGUGCGUGUUUAAUCAAUUGUACGAGUUUUACGGGUGCCGUCCGAUCUUCCUGUUGAUGAGUCUUCUGUUGCUGAUCCCAUCGGUUCUCACUGCCGUGUCGGUGAAUCUGCCGAUGUUUUUCGUGUUCCGGAGUCUUUCCGGGUUGUUCUGCUACACAUACAUCAACAUAGCAGCUUCGGUCACGUCGCAUAUUUACCAGCCAACAGAGCGAUCCACCGCGUUGAGCUGCUGUUUGGCUGGCACACUGUCUGCCAGUGCGUUCGCUCCCGUGAUAUCGGGCAUCAUCAUCACGUAUGCUUCCUGGCGGAUCAUUUUCUGGGUCCAAGCAGGAAUCACCGCUGCGGUUUUCCUACUGGCGUACUUCUUCCUGAAGGAAACCACUCCCGAGGUCAAGUUUGUCAAAUGGAAACAGGAAACAUCGAAAAAGUUCAAACUGAUUGGGGUGAACCCGUUCAGAGUAGUUUUCGCGCUUCGGAUCCCAACACUACUUCUUCCCGGAAUCACCACGUUCUGUUUAUCGUGGAACUUCUUCGCCUUGUUGACACCCAUCAGAUACGUUGUCGAUCCGCGGUUUGGGUUCAACAGCCCGAUCCAAGGGUCGUUGUUCUAUCUUGCUCCCGGGUGCGGGAUGCUAAUUUCGACGCAGUUUGCCGGGAGAUACGCUGACUGGGUGCUGAAACGCGCGAUAAAGAAACGGAACGGCGUGCUGGUGAGCGAGGACCGGCUGAAGGCUGCGUGGGGAUCGAUGGUUCUGAUGCUGGGCAGCAUUUUAAUAUACGGAUGGUCGAUCGAGAAAGAAAAAGGUGGCAUGGCUCUACCGAUCAUUAUGAUGUUUUUGAACGGGUUUUCGCAAACGUUUGUGUACACGCCGAUCAACUCGUACUGCAUUGGCAGUUUGCCGGAGAUCGGGCCGCCGAUCGCGCUCGGAACCAACUAUUUUAUCCGCAACAUUGGGUCUGCUAUAGGAUCUGGAGCCACACUACCGUUAUUUGAGGCCAUUGGAAUCGGCUGGUCCAGCGUGAUCAGUGGGGCCCUUAUUCUGGUAGCCUUAGCUUCCACGGUGAUCUGCACCAGGUUUGGCAAUCAAUGGCGGCAAAAUUGGCUCGCAAACCACGGCUACCGCUCAGAAUUGGCAAAUGAUAGGGAAGGCUAA